AGCAGCAUUGACAGCGCUCCUCGUGGUCGAAAGGUACAUUACCUGUCAUCGAUAUGAGAAAAAAAAGCAACUAUCAAGAUGGCUGCUAUUAAAUUCGGUUCCCAUAUCAAGGAAUUGAGGAUUUUAUUGUGUCAGACGUCAAAAUCCAGCCAGGGAGUUAGAGAUUUCGUUGAACAACAGUAUGUCCCUUUAAAAUUGAAUAAUCCAAAGUUUCCAGUAUUGAUUAGAGAAUGUUCGGCCAUCGAACCGAAACUUUAUGCGAGAUAUGAAUUUGGGAAAGAAACUUGUGUGCCCUUGGCUAAUUUGAAGUCUGAGGAUAUUCUAGGAAAAAUUCAACAGCUUGCUUCAUCAAAACCAUAAGUUGAAAGAAUUACCAGUUUCACUUAGCUGGCUAUUGUUACGUAUGUUUAUUGAAUUAGUGUUUUAAAGAGAAUAAUUAAAAUAAAAUUAUGGGUAGAAAAAAAAAGGA